GGUUCCCCUGUGCCAGACCCAGCAUUCCCACCAUACCCAGCUAUAAACUAAGGGACUAAAGGGUUGGAGAAAGACGCUGUGCCUUGGAAAAAUCUGUUGCUUAGUCACCUGCUGCUGUGCAGGCAGGGGCGGGGCAGUGUCGUGUUGCUAAGGGACCUCUAAUCUCGCGAGACGAACGGGGUCUCCGGGGCUGGGUUCCCCGGUGGGCGUGGGGGUGGGGUGGGUCUUGGGUCCCUCCCGGCACAGCGGGGAAAUGAAGACCGAAGGGUGGGGCGGUGAGGGAUGGACGGAAGUGACGUCGUGUGGGGCGGAUCCAGCCGUGCACAAUGGGCCAUGGAGUUCCCGUUCAAUGUGGAUGCCCUGCUCCCGGAGCGGAUCACGGUGCUGGACCAGCACCUGCGACCCCCAGCCCGCCGACCCGGAACCACAACUACUGCCCGUGUUGAUCUGCAGCAGCAAAUUAUGACCAUUGUAGAUGAACUGGGCAAGGCUUCUGCCAAGGCCCAGCAUCUUCCAGCUCCCAUCACCAGUGCAUCAAGGAUGCAGAGUAACCGCCACGUUAUGUAUGUGCUUAAAGACACUUCAGUGCGACCGGCUGGAAAAGGAGCCAUUAUUGGCUUCCUCAAAGUUGGAUACAAGAAACUCUUUGUACUGGAUGAUCGUGAGGCUCACAAUGAGGUAGAACCACUUUGCAUCUUGGACUUCUACAUCCAUGAGUCACUUCAACGCCACGGCCAUGGGCAAGAACUCUUCCAGUAUAUGUUGCAGAAGGAGCGAGUUGAACCACACCAACUGGCUAUUGACCGACCCUCACCAAAGCUGCUCAAGUUCCUGAAUAAACACUACAACCUGGAGUCCACAGUCCCACAGGUGAACAACUUUGUGAUCUUUGAAGGCUUCUUUGCCCAUCAACAUCGGCCCCCUGCUCCCUCUCUGAGGGCAACUCGACACUCUCACGCUGCUGAGGUUGAGACUACGCCCGCUGCUCCAGCAAGGAAGCUGCCACCCAAGAGAGCAGAGGGAGACAUCAAGCCAUACUCUUCUAGUGACCGAGAAUUUCUGAAGGUAGCUGUGGAGCCUCCUUGGCCCCUUAACAGGGCCCCUCGCCGUGCUACACUUGCAACCCACCCCCCCCCCCGCUCCAGCAGCCUGGGAAACUCGCCAGAACGGGGUCCCCUCCGCCCCUUUGUGCCAGAGCAGGAGCUGCUGCGUUCCCUGCGCCUCUGCCCCCCACACCCUACGGCCCGCCUUCUGCUUGCUACCGACCCAGGGGGCAGCCCAGCCCAGCGCCGCCGUACCAGCUCCCUUCCCCGCUCAGAUGAGAGUCGAUAUUGACAGACAGCUAACCCCCUGCCCCUCCCUGGGAGACCUGGGGUGGGCAGAGAUUGCUUUCCCUGAGAAUCCUGGACCUACUCUUCCACUGCAUCCCACAGGAUCUUGUGGAACCUGACAGUCCGUAGGAUUCCCUCUUCCCCUUUCUCAGUUGUCAUGGUCAUAGAUGGCCUAAUACUUUGUAGCUUUUCUUACCACAGAAAGCACCCCUUCUCUCCUAACUUGGACUCUGAACAGUCUCCCACAGACAGUCUGAUUCGCUGCCAGACUUGUUGGCUGGGUGGUUCAUACUGAUUAUCCAGGGAAGCACACUCUAGCUUGCUGUCAGACUCUAGAGCACCAUAGAAGACCCAAGAGCCUUCUCUGCCAGGGAAACCUUUUAAGGAGUCCUGUCUGUAGAAAAAAAUCCCAGAAUCCCUCUACAGUGUCUGCUGGUGGCUCUAAUACUGCUUUGUGCUGCCUACCCCACUUUUCCCAGCUCCUCCCAACCUGCUGAUGCCAAGCAGUGAGCUCUGCUUCAGAGCAGUCCAGUAAGGUAGGACAGGGACUUAACAGCUUCCCAAAGGGAUCCACUCAACAUUGCCAAACUCUUUUAAUUUCCACAUUUUUGUAUGUGUCAGGGAACCCUUGAGGUGAUGUAUGGAGCUCUAAAGACUCACCAUAUUUCUAAAGACACCACCACUUCCCAGAAGCAAAUUCUGUGAGGUAGUUUCUUGGCAGUAGAGCCCAGUAAGCACCCUGGGAUCACUCUUAGCCAUGUUUCAGAAGGUAAACCUGAGUGUCAAAGAUCUGUUAGCUCCUGGAAUCCCCUCUUGCAACUACCCCUCCCCAGUAGCUAGAUGCUGAUAUAUUCCUGUCCUGUGAGAUUGUCUUGAGAUGAUAGGAGAAUUCUUCCUCUGCCCUUCCUUCCUUCAUAGCAAGAACCUUCUUCCCUGCUCAGUACCCAGGUUUUAGAACAUCCUUCCCCCUCCCUACCCUUUGAAUGUGUGGUAGGUCAGGUACUCCCACUGUGUCCCCUAUGUCCUUGGGAGCAGGAUCUCCCUCUCUCUCGGCUCAAUCCUCCUUUUCCUUCUCCCUCUCAAUGUUGUCUGAAUAAAUUGUGAAUUCUUUUGUGUUUUUAAAUGGACAUUUUCAAUGAAAAAAAAAAAAAACAAAAAACAAAACCUUAAGGUCUCAGCCUCAUUUAUGCGUCAUUCCUGAGGUAUCAGGACCUGUCCCUCAUCUUCCUCACCUCUGGGAUCUGCAGCUCCUCCAGUAGGGAGUCUCAGAGCUCCCUUUGCAGGAUCUGGUGUCUGCCCAUCCCCACUUCACUGCUAGACAUUUUUCAGAUUCUGUGUCCUUGCAUAGUCACCGGAUUCCACUGUGUAGGCUUCUAUAUCCACUCCCCUAUCCCCUCCAGAAACCUCCAGCUCUCCCCAGUUAUUUGUACCCUUUACCUUAGGCCACUCAUACUGAGAUUUCAAGACUUAUCAACAUCUCUGGAAUCCACUCAUUGCCUCUUGAGUGUUCCCUGGAUUUCCUGGCCUCUCCAUCACAAACCCCUGGACCUCUCUCAAGACAAUCUUUUUUCUGUUGAGAGUCCAGCAGUCUGUCACCUCUCUCCAAAAGGCUCCCUUCAUUUUCCCCCUGAAUUCAGCCUUGCCACGCACUCCCUAUUUCCCCCUGGUCUGAGGUACCCUAUAAUGAAGGUAACCAUUUUUCCAAGCCAAACAUCAGGACACCUGGUCCAACAUACUUCUUGCCUAUAUGUGAGUCACUUUUAUAUGGUUUAGAUCACAUUUAGCCUUACCUCAACUAGAAAUAAUAAAGCAACAAAUCAGGACUGCUCAAGAAAAUCUUAGGGAAUAAAAUGAGCUCCCUCCCCUUUUCUGGGUCACAGCUUAGCUUAAAACCCUUCAAAAAUGAUAGUUACCCCUUUCUUCUCUUUGCUGUGCUGUUCCUUUUAUUCCUCUCCUCUAAUUCCUCCAUACCCACUCAUCUUUCUUCCUCUAGCCUCUUCCCCAUCAUCUCCCAUUUC